AUGGUAGCCCUGAACCCUGAUGAAAGUCACAACGUCGAGAUCAACCCGGCCAGAGGUGAAAACGACGAACCCAUCUACAUCCCCCAGAAGGUCGCUCAUGCAAUCAAAGCGCAUCAGCUCGAUGGUGUCCGCUUUCUAUGGCGUGAGAUCGCCUGCGAUGGCCAAGAAGAGGGCCAGGGCUGCAUACUAGCUCACACCAUGGGGCUCGGCAAGUCCAUGCAGACCAUCGCUCUUCUCGCCGUUCUGAACCACGCCACGAAGUCCAAGGAGCCUAGCAUCAUCCGCCAGCUGCCGUUCCGUCUCCAAAAGCUUGCAAAUGCCGAAAAGCGAGACAAACGCAACGUGCGGGUGCUCGUGAUAUGUCCCCCUGGUUUAAUCCCAAACUGGCGCCGUGAAAUCAAUGACUGGACGCCAGGUGAGCUUGGAGUGGUCUUCAGCAUUGAGGCUGGUGCCAAUGGGUCCGAGCUGUCUACACUUAAGGAGUGGAAGCGGCGUGGUGGGGUGAUGCUCAUCGGAUUCCAAAAGUUCCGCAACCUGCUGAAGAAGAAAGCCAACGAAACGGCAGACCAGGCAGGGGACUCCGAGGAAUUUACCGAUUUCGAGCGACUCCUGUUCAAACGACCCGAGAUUGUCGUCGUCGACGAGGCCCAUCAGAUCAAGAAUACAAGCGCAUAUGUCACUGAAUUGGCCGGCAAGAUCAAAACACACCACAGGAUUGCUUUGACUGGUACGCCGAUGAGCAACAAGGUGGAUGAAAUCUACUCUCUUGUCUCCUGGGUCGCGCCUCAAUUUCUGGGGGACCCUGCCGAGUUUCGCGCGCAUUUUACGGAGCCCAUCAAGCAAGGCCUGUUUGUCGACAGUACCGCCUACGAGCGGCGCAACAGCUUGAAGAAACUUCGAGUUCUGCAUGCAGAGAUCGGGCCGAAGGUCAAUCGCGCAAAUAUCGAAGUCCUCAGGGGUCAGCUUAAGGGCAAGAUCGAAUAUGUCAUUAAGGUGCCCUUGUCCGAGGUCCAGGACAAGAUGUACAGAGGCUACAUCAAAGCGCUACAGGCGGGCAACCGAAGCGAGAAUGCAAGCCAAGUGACCAUCUUCGCGUGGCUGAACAACUUGACGCUUCUCACCAACCAUCCGCAUCUGUUUCGCAAGAUGCUCCUUGCGCCUCCGGCGAAGAAGAAGAAGAUCAAAAAAGGAACAGACGCCGAGCGCGAGCAGAGUCCGAGUACAGCCACGGAGAGUGGAUCAAUGCCAAAAUUCAACUCCGCAGAGACCGACGCGAUCCUCGACGGCUGGGAAGACUCUCUUGACUCACGCUUUUCAGCCAAGCUCUGUGUCAUUAUGCCACUGAUAGAUAUGUCUCUCGACUGCGGAGACAACGUGCUUGUCUUCUCGACUAGCCUCCCAACAUUGGAUUACCUCUGCGAGCUGUUCAGAUCGAAAGGCCGGCGAUACGCACACAAACGGAUCGACGGCUCGGUCAAGACGGCUGAUCGGAUGUCUGCGCUUGAACAGCUCAACCAAGGUCAUAUCCGGAUCAUGCUUCUUUCCACAAAAGCCGCCGGGGUGGGAUUGAACAUGUGCAGCGCCAAUCGCGUCAUCAUCGUCGACUCGAAAUUCAAUCCGGCGGAUGAAGAACAAGCAAUCGGGCGUGCAUAUCGCAUCGGGCAGCUGAAGCCUGUGUUCGUCUAUCGGGUCUUCACCGGAGGCUCCUACGACGAGAAUCUGAAGGCUUUGCAAAUCUUCAAGUCUUCGCUCACGAAGCGCGUGGUGGACAAGAAGAAUCCUCGGCGUGACACGGAGCGCAACGCACGGAACUAUCUGUAUGAGCCAAAGGAGGUGGAGCAAGAGGAUCUUACGAAGUGGAUCGGCAAAGAUCCUGACGUGCUCGACAAGCUCUUGCAACAGCACGGAUCGGAGGAGGAGGGCAAGCAUGAUACGUUGAUCCGAUCCAUCGACACGAUGGAGACGUUGCAAGAGGAUGCAGCAGAUGCGCCACUGGAUGAAGCGGAGCAGAAGGAGGUGAAUGACGAGAUCGAGAUGAACAAGAGGCGGCCUAGAGGAAGGUGGGCCGCUGCGAUGGAAGGGUUGGCUCCGGCUGCACCUCCCUCGACCAUGCCGGCGCCUCAGCGAGUUGGAGGUGGCAUGGCUUCGCUACAGGCGUCUGCUGCUUUCCUACGAGGAUUGGCACCGAGGAUGCCAUCGCUGGGUGGUCUGCCCUCGUCCACAUCGGGAUGA